AUAUGCAAAAGAAAAGACGAGACCUGCAAAUCUUAUGGCGCGAUAUUAAUAAAAGCAGCGCUGCCGAUGGUUGCUGCUGCUGCUUCGUGGUGGAUCUUCUGACUGUUGCCUGGCUGCUGCCUGCAUUCGUGAUUUUGCCCCGUGGAGUUGCACAUUGUCGCUGUAUCUGUGGUCCCAAACGAGGUACGUUCUACGGUUUAUUAUCGCCAUGAAUGUGGAGAAAUUGAAGCGCCUGCAGUCCCAGGUGCGCAUCGGUGGCAAGGGCACACCGAGGCGCAAGAAGAAGGUCAUGCACCAGACGGCCGCAACCGAUGACAAGAAGCUGCAGAGCUCGCUGAAGAAGCUCUCGGUGAGCACCAUACCCGGCAUCGAGGAGGUCAACAUCAUCAAGGACGAUCUGACCGUGAUUCACUUCAAUAAUCCCAAGGCCCAGGCCUCACUCUCGGCCAACACGUUCGCCGUCACCGGCCAUGGCGAGACGAAGAAGGUUGUCGAAAUGCUGCCAGAUAUUCUGCCACAACUCGGCCAGGAGACGGUCGUCCAAUUGCGCAUGUAUGCCAAUGCCAUGUCGAAUAAUGCCAAGCCAGAGGCAGCAGCCACAGGUGAAGGCAAACCCAACACCGCUGAAGAUGAUGAUGAUGUGCCCUUGCUGGUGGAAGACUUUGAUGAGGUGGCCAAGCUAGAAGCCAACAAGCAGGAGCAGCAGCAGCAGCAGGGCAAGAAGCCAGCACAGGAGAACACACCAAAGGACAAGCAGGAGGGCAAGCCGCAGCAGCAGCAGCCCAAGAAGGAGGAUCGUAAGAAGCAAACGGAACAGAAACAACAGAAACCAGCGGAGGAAGCCAAGCCCAAGGAAAAGCAAGACAACAAGAAGGCAGCAGGCAAGGGACAGGCACAGACGCAGGCGCAGGCCCAAGCACAGGCGCAUCCACAGGAUAAAGAUGUAAAGAAAAACGAGCCACAGACCAACAAGGAGAAACCCAACAAGAACAAAGCGGAGGCUAAGCAACAGACAGCCGCUGCACCACCGAAGGAUAAGCCACAGUCUGUGGAGGUCGCAGCCGCUAAGCAGGAGCCCCCGAAGCCAGUGGUGGAGCAGAAAAUUGAGCAACCAAAGCCAAUUGAACAGAAGAUUGAGCAGCCCAAGCAGAAGGAGCAAAAGGUAGAGCAGCCCAAGCAGCAGGAACCAAAGAGCGAGCAGCCCAAGCCAACAGAGCAAAAGGUGGAGCCGCCCAAGCCAACAGAGCAGAAAGUAGAAGCUAAGCCGGCAGCCGCAGCUCCACCAUCAACGGCUCCUACAGGGGCAUGGGGCAAGUCACAGUCACCAACCUCUGGUCAAACUUUGGCACAGAUUGUGGCCGCUGAGCCGCCAAAGCAAACGUCUCCAGCAGUCGAAGCCGCUCCAAAGAUCGAAGAGAAGAAAGAGCCACAAAAGAGCGAGCCAGCACCCGCUCCCUUGCAGCAGGCGGUGCCCGUGCCAGUGCCAGUCAAAGUGGAGCCAAUUGUAGCUGCUCCGCCUGUCGCAACUUUGGACACCGAUAAGAAACCAGAGACCAAGCAGCCCAGUCCUCAGAAGAGCGCACCCAAGACGCCAGAAAGUGCAGCAAAGAGUGCACCCGAGCAAAAGCAGAAGCAGGCCAGUCCACCAAAGAGCGCAGCAGAGAAGCAGCCCAAGCAGGCAGCACAGCCACAGAAGCAAAAGACGCCUCCGCCAGCAAAACAAGUGACGCCACCCGCAGAAGCCAAGUCUGCCACGGAUGUGGUCAAGGCCAAGGCUGCCGAGCCACUGGCAGCUGCACCAGCAGCCCCCGCCAUUGUACAACCCGUAGUGGCAGUCGAGAAAAAACCAGAGCUACCAAAGGAUGCACCAAAGGCAGCCUCGCCAAAGCAAAAGACACCACCACCAACCAAGCAAGUGACACCACCCGCUGAGCAGAAGGCCCCAGCUGCACAAGCUGCGGUGGCUGUACCUGCACCAACUCCUGCAGCUGCCACUCCUGCAGCUCCUAUAGCUCCUGCACCAGCUCCGGUUGCUGUUCCUGUAGCUGUUCCUGCAGCAGCUCCUGCCGUGGCUCCUCCAACGCCAGAGGCUCCCUCGCCUAUGGUGCCAGCUACUCCACCAUCGACUCCCUCUUCAGCUCCAGCAUCGGCAGCAGCUGUUACUCCUCCAUCGCCGGCCUCCACAGUCACGCCACCGUCGCCUGUUGCAGCUACGGCCCCACCAUCGCCGGUUGCAGCUACUCCGCCACAGAAACAGCAAGGAGCAGCAGCAGCAUCAGCCAAUGGCAAGAAGCAGGAAGCCGCCCAAAAGGCAAAACAACAACCAGCCAAGGCUGGCCAGCCGCAGGCACAGAUUCAAGGACAGCAAUCUCAAGGCCAGGCACAGUGUCAGAAGCAGGCAGCAAACAACAAACCACAGCAACAACAGCAACAGCAGCAGCAAAAGCAGGCAGCAGCCAAGCCCACUGUGGCGCCCAAACCAGCACAGACCCCCGGAAAGCCAGCUGCACAGAAAACUGCCAGCCCGCCCAACCAACAGCAGCAGGGCAAAGGUAACAAAGCGUCGCCUCCCAAGCAGGCAGCACCGAAUGCAGCCCAGCAACAGAAACCAAACAACAAUGCGCCCGCAAAGGCUGCACCGUCGCCAAAGGCCUCCGCCUCUCAGAAAGCUGCCACCCCGAAGGCUGGUACCCCGUCCGCACCAGCUGCAGCUGCUCCCGCACCUGGUGGCUCCAAUUAGUGCAUCAUUCUCGCUUUUUUUCAAUCGGCUCCCUUGCAUUUUGAAUUUACCGAGCAUUUUUCAGACACGAUUAGAACAGUUAUCAGUUAUCGAUAUACCAAGAACAACAGCUAAUGCAUCCCUGGUACUAACAAUUUCAUUUAUUUUUGUGCAAUUACAUUUUCAAUAAAAACAAUUACAA